CCUGAUCCGGAUCGACGACGCCGACCCCAGAUCCCUUUCCUCUCCGCCGUCUCCCCGCCCGCCCGCCCGCCGAUCCCACAUCCCUCCCAGGCCUUCAAGCAGGUACUGAUUUCGCCCCGCCUCCUGUUCCUAUUCCGCUGGAUCGGAUCUGCCACUUGUGGCUUCCAUCCCCGCCCCAAUUCGAUAUGUUCUCAAUUUCAUGCUGGGCCGGCCAAUUGGGAAAGAAUAUAUUGACCCUGAAUGAUGCGAAUUUCUGUCAGUUGCUUGUUCCGUCUGGGACAGCCGUGCCAUAAUUUUGAGGGUCUUCCGUCUUUAAUUGGUUGCUAGUAUAUCAAGGUUUUCCUCCUACCUAUGCAUGGAAACAUGGAUUUAAUUGUUCUCUGUACGUAUAUCCAUCUCUUGCUAACGGAACCUGUGGAUCAAAAUCAUCUCAUGUUCGAUUGGUAUACUACUUUGUCAUCUCACUUCUAUGUGUAGAUUUUAGCUUUUUUUCAUAGGGCUGCCGUCUAGUUUUACUUCUGUACGUAUUUCAUUCACUAGAUAGGUAUCUAGAUACUUGGAUGGCGCAAUUGUCUUGAUUCCCAACCCAACAGCAUAGUCUCGGAGUGGCUAGUACCUUGCCUGUUAUAGUUAUCUAACUAAUAAUGUACAUCAAUUCAUUAUGUCAAAGUCGUUUCAUUAAUUUGUUCUUCUAUAUAUUCAUCCCCUGCUUCAUUUCCCUUCACCUGCUGCUGCCCCCCUUCUCAACUUAAUUAUCUCCUCUCUUGCCACAGUGAAGGAGCCUUAUGAGCUGGUUGGCUGGGGCUUUACUCCAAUUCUGGUGCUACUAAGAUGGGCCAGGGCCUGCUCAGCAACAAGUCUGGGACAAGACUAAGCAUAGAUGAAAUAGCAGGCGCUUACCAUUUCUUGCUCUUGCUCUCCCCCGUGGUUUCCUUCUGGGACUGCAUCUUCCGCAAGAUAAGAUACUCAUUCAGACCUGAGUGGGUGUAGCAGCAUCCUGCACUCACCCACCCAUCUUAGCAACAGUUCCUUUCCUUUUCUUCCUCGUUAUUAAAAUAAAAAAAAGUUAGACAAACCAAUGAGGCCAAAGAAUGAAGUUUGAACAUUUUGUUUUCUUUCUUCCCUAAUUAUACCUAGUAGUGAGUAGAGGAGUCAGGUCUACCAGAGGUAAUAGUGAAUAGCAGCAGGCACGGCUGUCAUGGACAGGGCUACCAUGAGCAGCAAUCAGGCAGGCAAAGUGUUGAAGAAAGGAAAAAAGAAGCAGGCCAAGGACGAGCUGGACCGCCAGAAGCAGGCGGAGAAGAAGCGGCGCCGACUUGAGAAAGCGCUGGCAAACUCGGCUGCCAUAAUCUCGGAGCUGGAAAAGAAGAAGCAGCAGAAGAAGGAAGAACAGCAAAGGCUGGACGAGGAAGGUGCUGCCAUAGCAGAAGCAGUCGCUCUUCAUGUCCUCAUAGGCGAGGACUCCGAUGAACCCUGCCAUUUGAUGCUGAACAAGCACCAUAUAAGGUGCAACCAUUGGGCCCCCUCGGCUGCUUUUGAAUUCACCGUGGACGCACAGCCCGCCGAGGUGUACCCGUCUGAGGAUGGACUGGUAUGCGGCAGCCAUGCGUAUGCUCCCAGAGCCCCCAAGGGGAGGCGGGCUGAUUGGGGGAUUGGACAGGCACUGCCAUGCUGGGGAGAAGUGAGUGACCUCCAAGGCCCGUACUACCAAGGAACGUUCCGUCAGUCUGUUACCUGCCCUGGCUUCAUAGCCGCUCAGGCUGUGUCAUCGUUGCAGAUCAGGGAAGAGUCGCCAGAGGUCACCUCUCCAAGCCAUGGGGCCGAUGCUGCUGCGACCGUGGUUAACCGGAUGCUUGGUGGCACCAGCAGGCUCAACCUUUACAGGGGGAUAUAAACAUUUACACUUGUCAAAGAAUUGUAUUGUAUAUAUAAAAAAGAAGAUGUGUUUGGCUGCAUUGCCUGCAAUAUAUAUAUAAUAUAGUCUUGUGGUUUCCGAAAGAGAAAUGGACAGAACAUCCAUCCUGUUUUGUUGUUGUUUUUUCUUUGCCAAAGGUUAUUUGUGUACUGUCAGUUAACACUGUGAACAUAUAUGCUUUUUAAUUAAUAUGUUGAGUGCUUAUGGCUUGAUGUG